GAUCCCCUGUUAGUCCUUAUUGAGUAUGUACCGUAUGGUGACCUGCUGGGCUAUUUGAGGAAGAGUCGAGGACUAAACGAUACGUACUUCAAGGACCCGGAUAGCAAGCCACAGACCACUCUAUCAGCGGAUCAGUUGAUGAAAUUUGCCUGGCAAGUCGCAGAUGGAAUGUGUUACUUGUCUUCAAAAAAGGUUCGAUCGUCUGUUUUUGCUUUGUUAUAUUAUUAGUGUGAAAGAGAACAUGAUCUUCGCAGUAGAAUGAACAACCUAAGCGGUUGAAAAGGAACCCUGAUCUUUGCGAUGACCGGACGCAACGCUCUGCUAUCCUCUGAGCUAAUCAAGCCGGUACUUUUUCUACCGUUUAGGUUGUUCAUUCAUUCAUACUGUGAAUAUCAUGUUCAGUUUCUUAUCUGAUAUUUCAAUCCAUAUUCUACUAGUGUCAAACACAGACACAGGUCUCUUCAUAAAUCACGCCUAAAGGUUUGACAAAUGUUUCUGCCUGCAAACGUACCCAGCAUCCUAGGCCAAUUUUUUUUAAGCAUUUAUUAAGCUUUCAACUUAGUCUGAUAAUGGAAUAACAAGUCUCAUCUUUUCUUGUAGGUAAUCCAUCGUGACUUGGCGGCAAGAAAUGUUCUAGUUGGUGAAGGAGAAAAAUGUAAGGUGACAGAUUUUGGAAUGGCAAGGGAUGUGCAUCAGGAUGACAUUUACACCAAAAAAAGUCGGGUGGGUAUAAAACUGGGUAUUUGUAAACUUUCCGGGAUCGAUACUCUGAUAAAAAGGCUGAUGAGUUUCUCCUGUUUAUAAAGUUCCUCUAUUUGUUAAUGAUCCUCGGCAAGCGAACUUGGUCUUGACUUCUGAGAAACGAUUAUAGUUACCAAUUACAACAGGAAACUAAUGCGCAGUGGACAAAAAACCGACAUAAAUGAAAACGCAAGACAACAAAUUUAUCUCUAUAUUUUGAAGCUGUCUUAUUAUUAGAAGACAGAAAUAAUGGCAGCCUGUUGUAUUGAUUUGUAAGUAAUUCUUAAGUCAAGAAGAUUGAACGGUAAUCUAUAUUAAUUAAGAAGUCAAUUUGCUUUGGAUGUUUAACCAAUCAUAAUGAUAUUGAUGUUUUCUUUUAUAUCAUGGGUGACAAUUAGUCCUUAAUUUUUGCUCGAAAUUUCAGCCUUUAUACUACUACAUGAGAAAUUACUGCAAUUUGAUUGGCUUAGAGCAGUGGUAUUUCAGCUUAAUUUGAAAUACCUACAUGUGAAAUUUACAAACCGUUUGCGGGUAGUAGUAUAAACAAAUAAUAGCAUGAUUUGUACGUGAUAUUUGGCAUAAAUACCACUCGUGCUAUUUCAAAAUUGUCUCAAAUUUCACUCGCCUAACGGCUCGUGAGAUUACGUAUAACAAUUUUGAAAUGUCACUCGUGGUAUUUAUGCCAAAUGUCACAACUGAUCAUGUUAUUACCUAUACUAAUUUAUAAUUUUACAUGUGGAAUUACAAAGUUGUCAUGGCAACAUUCCGCACGUCUCCAAGGUUUACAAAUUUAUGAAUGAAGAUGUCACGGCAUUGCAAGACACUUAAGAAAACCCAAACACACUAAAGAGCAAAUCACGAAGGAUUAUAACAGAAAAAUUCGAAAAGUUUUGAGCUUAAAGCUUUUCUGCAUGUGCGUAAAAUUAAAGUCUCGAUAUGAUAAGCAGGUAACAAAAAAAACCCCAAAAAACCCGAUUGUGGGCGUUGUUUGUGACCUGUGAUAUUUAUAGGUAAUAUAGACCUUUAGCAUCACGUUUUUCAUGGGAAACUGCAAACCGCAAAAUGUCACGUGGCCACGACCUUGCGGUCACGUUUGCAGUUUGCAGUUCACGUUUGAACCGCAGGAAGGGCUCCCAGCGGUAAGUGAUUUACGGCAAGGUUUUUUGCCACAAAAAAUUGUACAGCCUCGCGUUUAAAGGUAUGAAUUAGCUUUUUAUAUCCGAUUGCGAUGUUUUUGUUGGAUUUUUGAUCUCGAAUCAAUGAAUUAUUGCUGAUUUUUGGGCGAUUAAAGUGAUGCACUUCGACUUGAUAAAAACAACAUGGCGGCCCUAAACAAUGAACGCGUAGUUCAAAUCGAUUUUAUAUUCCUUCCUGACGUAAUAACAAAAGAAAGUAUUCUGUUCCAAUCCAGAGUUAAUUUUUUUUUCUGUCUUGUUUCUGAAUUCAUAACUUAACUCAGUCCCUGUUUAGUUCCUAUUUUUAACGUAUCACUCCGCGAAUUUCAUUUUAUUUUGCUUAUUUCUUUGAGACUGGGGGCACAGGCUUCAUAAGCCUUCUGGUUUCUCUGGGCUCCCCUGCAACCUUACAAUUCCUAUAUGUAUUCUUGUAUUGUAUUAUAUUUUGGCGAAAUAAAAAUGAACUGAACUGAACGCCUUGCUAAAGUUUGAAAUCUCGGGAACGCGAAACUGCAAACGCGCAACCGCAAACUGCGGUUUGAAAUUGCGGUUUGCCUGAUGCUAAAGGUCUCUAAUCAAAUGGUAUGACCUACAACUUGUUUUUGAAGAGAACGCCUUAGUUCGUUUGAAUUCGUUUUCUUUUUUUUUUUUCUUUUAUAACUCUUAAGGGUCGCCUGCCUGUUAAGUGGACUGCUUAUGAGGCUUUGUUGUAUGGAGUGUACACAACAAAAAGUGACGUGUGAGUAGUGAACAUUAUAUGGUAUUUGAAAUUGUCUUGUUCAUUUUUCGUUCACAUCUCCCAUUCCUUUCAAUUUGCAGUUGGAGUUAUGGCAUUCUCCUUUACGAGAUACUUACUGUAGGUAAGCGUGGAUUAAAACAGAAACAUACACAAUAUUGUUUAAAAAACAGUUAAAUAAGCUGAGUUCUGCAUCAGAUAUUAAUUACAUAAUACAAUCGCUCCUUUUCUUCAAUAAAUGAAUAGAUAAAUGAAAUAUUCCAACGUCAUUCUGUAGGUGGGACUCCAUAUCCAGAUAUAAAACCUCGUCAAAUCGCAGAACGACUUCAAAAAGGAUACAGAAUGCCGAAACCAAGACACGUUGAUGAGAAACUGUGAGUAAAGGCUCAGUUUAUUGUAUCAUAUAAUAUCUUAGCCAUUAAGGAUUUUCAGUUUUGAUUAUCUCAGUUUUUAGUAUUUGCAACUGUAUCUCUAUCAAAAGAGGCUACUCAUGCAAGGGGGUAUUGCCUCAAGCAAUCCUCUUCCACGUGAGGACUAGACCAGUCUAUAGACUUAAGCUUGUGUGUGUUCCCCUUUAACUUUUGGCGCGCUUCUGUUUAAUUUCCACUUGGGCUUUCCACCUCCAAAUGAACCCUUAAAGCGUUUUACUUAAGGAUAGGCAGGACAUCACGAAAGUAAAAAUUGUCCACUUCACGUCUGUUUCUUAACUUAUUAUAAGAAAAUCUUUGGGCUCUUUGUUAAAAUGACCCAGGUACCAGGUCAUACUGAAAUGUUGGGAGGAAGAACCAAAUGAUCGACCAACAUUUCAAAACCUGCGCAAGACCAUGAAGGAAAUGGAGAGAAAACACAAGGUGAGAUGAUUAGGCAACAUGAUCAAGGUGGUACUACAUUUACAGGAAAAGACUGAUUGUUUCGCCACUUAUCAGUCACAGUACAGUUAUAUAACAAACAUAACAAGUCUCUUUGUUAAAAUGGAGACAAGGAAGGGAAUAAAUUGGGUGGAAGGAGUGACAGUAUAGCCCCAAGUGAACGACUUUUCUAAGACUUCUGAGAAAAAGACGCUUUCCGAAGACAUUUGGAAUUAAUUUUGGAAUAUAUUCUACAAAAACAGCUCGUAAAAAAAGGCCAAAGAGUUAACUUGUCUAAAUAAGUGUAUUCAGCAGAUGAUUAAAAUGAGUGGGACCUCCUUUCUUGUCAGUAAAGACAGCAUUCAAUAAGGCCGAGGAAAAUAACACGUUCCGGGGUCUGCAUAAUUCUUCAAAUCACACAAAAGACGAAUCCAAUAAUUUACUUAUUAUUCAUCCAAGAAAUCUGUAAUUUUAAUGGUAUUUUUGCUAUUAUUGCUGUUUUAAGGCACUUUUUUGGCUUUUUCCACUUCGCAUAACUCGCAAAAUCCACCCCUUUUUUUUACCCUGUGUUCCCUUCACUUCUGUUUCCCUUUAUUUUUUGAUAUCGUUCUGUUAUCGACGAGCGUUUUCCAAAGUCAACGGUAGCUACUUUUUAUGCAGAAUUAGCCGGGGGAUUUCAGCCAAUCAGAAACUAUAGAACGUUUUGAAUGAACUAAGGACUAUAACUUAAUUUUGCGAAAAUGGAGCGGUUAUAUUUCGCGGGACUCAAAUUUCGCGAUUAAAUGAUAAAGAAAUUGAAACGAAUUACAUUUCACGGAAUUUGUUUUAAUGAUGAACUUGACGAAUCGCACAACUGACCUUAAUUUGACAUAGCAAUUAUUAAGCUUUAAUCAUCAUCAUCAUCAUCGUCAUCAUUGUGCAUCAUGAUAAAAUUGCAAUACAUUUUUAACGAACAGCUAAAAAAAUCUUAAGCUAACUUUAUUCUUGAUUGAUUUUCACUAACAGAUGUACGUCAACCUGAGACAGUAUGAUGGCCGUCUAUAUGCCAACGUUCAUGCCGGGGAUGGGACUGAAUAG